AUGAGCACCACUGUCAGGCAGUUCUCCUCCUCCACCUCCCUCAAGGGCUGUGGGGGCCUGGGAGGGGGCUCCAGCCGCCUUUCCUCUGUGCGCAUUGGGGGAGGAGGCUACAGGGCCCCCAGCGUCCACGGGGGCUCCGGCAGCUUCUCCGUCUCUUCCCGCGUUGUCUCGGGGCUGGGAAGCGGCUACGGGGGCAGCUACUGCAGCAGUGUAGGAGGGGGCCUGGGCGCCGGCUUUGGGGGCAGCUAUGGGGCUGGCUAUGGGUCUGGCUAUGGAGGAGGCUUUGGAGGUGGUUUUGGGGGUGGCGAUGGCAUCCUCCCAGCUGGCGAGAAGGAGACGAUGCAGAACCUCAACGACCGCCUGGCUGCCUACCUGGACAAAGUGCGGGCCCUGGAGGAGGCCAACACGGACCUGGAGGUGAAGAUCCGGGAGUGGUACAAGAAGCAGGAUCCGGGUCCAGAGCGCGACUACAGCCCCUACUACAGGACCAUCGAGGAGCUCAGGAACAAGGUCCUGGUGGCCACCGUGGACAAUGCCAACCUCCUCCUGCAGAUCGACAACGCCCGGCUGACAGCGGAUGACUUCAGGACCAAGUUCGAGACGGAGCAGACUCUGCGCCUCAACGUGGAGUCCGACAUCAACGGCCUGCGUCGGGUCCUGGACGAGCUGACCCUGGCCAGGGCUGACCUGGAGAUGCAGAUCGAGAACCUGAAGGAGGAGCUGGCCUAUCUCAAGAAGAACCACGAGGAGGUGAGCACAGGCUCAGAAAAGUCCAGCCUGGGCCCAGAAAUACGAG